AAAUACGUUUGCUCCAAGCAUUUUGUUAAUGGAAAGCCUACUGCCGACUUCCCUAAUCCUGCUGCACAAGUGGGCACCCCGACCCCCACAAAGGAACAACAAGGUGGAUGCAGAAAGCCACCAAGGAAACGGGGGAGCUCUCCAUGUCCAUGACUUUGCCAUGGUAGAAGUGGAGUGGCUGGUGAAGAACGCGACCUAUCGGCCUCACUGCUACAUGUGCUUCACUGACAACCAUUCCGUCAGAUUCAUCUUCUCAGCCCGGCCGCCCGCUGCUCUGCCCCGCUGCUCUCCGUGGACCCUGCUGGAAAACCUCCGGGCCAAGAUGGUCAACUCCACGGAGCUCGAUAACAGCCUCAUGGCCAACAUGACGCUCUUCACUGAUCAGGAUCCAGAAUUGGUGUAUCCCAGUCAGGAUGUGAUCUGGAAAACAUUUGAACAGUGCUUCCGUGCUCUGUGGGGUCUGGUUACAUACGCUCCUGUGUUCAGAGACUAUUACUACCAAGGUCUCUCCCAGUUCUACAGGGACAACGUCAUGUACAUGGAAGUGCGAGCUCUACUCCCGGAGAUAUACGAGUUGGACGGCAGCACUCAUGACCCAGCGUGGACUCUGAAGACGUACCAGGAGGUCACCCGACAGUUCACAGCAGAACACCCAGACUUCUUUGGAGUGAGAAUGAUCUACACUAUCCAUAGAGGAGUGAAUGCAUCCAUGAUGGCUGGAGCUGUGGAGGAGGCGAUGAAGCUACAGAGAGACUUCCCAGACAUCAUGGCUGGCUUUGACAUGGUGGGCCGUGAGGAUAGCGGCAGACCCCUGUGGUACUUCAAAGAUGCUUUGUCACUGCCGGCAGGGAGAGGCGUGACGCUGCCUUACUUUUUCCAUGCGGGGGAGACAGAUCUGGAGGGCUCAGAGGUGGACCAGAACUUGUUGGAUGCUCUAUUGUUUAACACGUCCAGAAUCGGCCACGGCUUUGCUCUGCUCCGCCACCCCGUGGCCAAAGGUCUAUCCAGAAAGAGGGGGGUGGCUGUGGAAGUCUGCCCCAUCUCAAACCAGGUUAUGAAGCUGGUGAAAGAUUUGCGUAACCACCCUGCAGCCGCUCUGAUGUCGGAGAACCACCCGCUGGUGAUCAGCUCCGAUGACCCGGGCAUGUUCGGCUCCUCCGGACUCUCUUAUGACUUCUAUGAAGCUUUUGUGGGCUUUGGUGGGAUGAGAUCCAAUUUAGGCUCCCUCAUAGAGCUGUCCAUUAACUCUAUUAGGUACAGCUCUUUGACUCCGAAGCAACAGCAGAAAGCCCUGGCUCUGUGGCAGAGAAAAUGGGAUACGUUUGUGUCUGAAAAUGCUUUUUAAACAGACAUUUUUAUAUAUAAUUUUAGGCAUUGACUUGAUUCUUCCUUUUUGCAAAGGAAUGCCUUGGAGUAAGGGUACAUUUAAAGUGGAACAGUGCUUUAAAGCUGAGCGAGUUUGUGGUGGCAAAAAUAAGGGACAUUAAAGUUAGUUAGGGUUCAGUUUUGUUCUUUUUCACACAAGACAAUUUGGGAUGUUACAGACGAAAAGGUCUGGGAUAAAAGAGGAAAUUAAGAAAGACUGAAUAUGACAGAGCCAGUGACGUCAUAUGUAUCUGCUGUGAAACUGACCUGAGAUAUGUGAUAUAACAUUUAGGGCAAUUACUAGAACUAUACAUGUCCAAUAGCUUCAAUCAAACGCUUUUUUAAUGUCUUUGCACUUUAAUAGUCAGGUUGGCCAUGUUUGUAAGAAUGCAUAGAUGGACGUCAUUGUUAACUACAUGUUGUUUGAUGUCUCCAUAGUGUGCUUGUGUUUUGUAAGAGUGUAGCCUGUUCAAUCCUGAGGGCUUUGAUAAACACUGUUUUUAAAAGAGAGUUUAAUUUAAACUUGAAUGUCAUUUUUCAGCGUUUGUAAAAAAAAAAAAGGGAUCUUUAUGUUAACCAUAAAGAACCUCACUGAAAACUAAAAGUAUACAAUUGAUUUAUUUCGCUCAUUUUUGCAACGCCUAAGCAGCGGUCUGUUAGCGACUAUUAGCAACCUUUAAAAUGUCCAAAUGGACCAAUCAAAAUUGAGUAUUCAGCCAAGCCGUGUAAUAAGAUCUUUUUUAGCUGUGGAUAUAAAAAGUGGCAUAGCUGAUGAUAUGUUACCCAUAAAGAACCUCACUGAAAGCUAAAA